AUGUAUGAUGAUUACGAUUAAUACGAAUAAAAUGUGCUAUAUCAGCAGCAGUAGAGAUAGUACUAAGACGAUUAAUAUGAUGAAGAUGAUGAAAACAACGGUGAUUAGGAACCUGCAAUUGUGGAUCAUAUGCUUGAAUCUCAGAGACAGAAUUAAUUUGAUGUGACUUACAACGAAGACAAUGAUUAGCUGGAGCAUCAAUAAGUUGAAGGCGAGGAGGGAGACGAGGAGGAAGAAAUUGAUGUUCAGUUUGAAGAGACUCCAAGACAAACCUCUGCCAGAUAGAUGUAGGAAUAGCAGUAAUAGUAGUACUAGCUGCAACAGCAGAAUCAGAGAAAUCACUUAACUACUAACCACGAAGAAGAUGAGGAGGAUGACGACGACGAUGAUGAUAACCCCAUGGCUAAGAAACUUAAAAAGAUGAAGCAAGACCUCAGGAGUCAGUUCAAGAACAACGAGAUCGCCUCAACCGCGGGGCCUACUUCUUCAAGAGACAACAAAAAUCUGAGAGUUGAAGACGAAGACAACUAGGGUUACGAUACCUAUAAGUCGCCUGAACAUAAAAACUUUACCUUUAACUCCAAAGCUAAUGUCUAAAAUACCUUCAGGGAAUCUCACUAAAUUAAUGAGGAUGAAAAGAGUGAGCCAGUGCCUGAAUAAAAAACAGGGUCAAGCACUAAUCUCCCAAUCACAGCCUCAGUAGGAUUCGGUGCUGCCAACUUUGACAAGAUCAAGAAUUCUAAAUUGUUCUAAAAGUUCUUGCAAAAAGAAACUGGACAGAAAGUAGAGCCUAAAAUAGAAGAAAAAUCACUAAAGACAGUAGCAUCAAAUACCUCAGUCAAGCAAAUAUUGAAUAAUAAUCAAAAGUAGGGGUAGUUUGAUUAGUAAAAGCAGAAUUCAAAUGAGAAAAAGAAGAAAACCUGGAAUGAUAACAAAGAACCAUCUAAGGUCAAAGCUAGUAUGAUGAACCCAAUUGAUCAAAUUAACUAAUCAAACAUCACUCACGACGAUUACUUCGACUAAAAGAAUAAAAAGAAGCAAGUAGCAAACACCGUUAACAUUUAAAACCCCGCAGCUCAAGGACAUAGAAUCUUUCAAACUGAUUAGAACCUUGAAUUAUCAAUGGAUCAGCAAUAAAUCUAGAACUUCAUGGAUGACUCGCAUGUGUUUAUCAACUAGAAUCAGCAGCAGUAGAUCUUGUUCGAUGCCAAUUAGUAUGGACCUAGCUAUCAAUAUUUGAAUUCCAGAGCAGGCACUGAGAACAAGAACUACUUGCUUGAUUAAAGUGAAUUAAACAAUGAAGGAGAACUUGUCGGCUAUAGUGAGCAGAUCAUAGGCAAGAUAAACGACAUGGCACCAGGUAUUCCCAACUAAGACGAGGUAUUGUGCCACCAACCGCCAGACACCUUUGUGAAUAUGAUGCAUGAGCAAUUCAACAAUGAGAUACCCUGGAUAGUGGGUAACAAGCUUGGAGGCGGAAUCAAUAAUCCCACAUCUAAUAACCACACUCCUAAUAUGAACAAGCAUUCCAACUCAGAACUCUAUUAUAACAAUCAGCCUCAGCCUUUUGACUUCUAAAAAGUCGAGCCAAUGAGGCAGGAUAUGUCAAUGAUGAGGGAGGAAAUGCGCAAAAUGCAGGAGGACUACGAGCUUGCCAACGAGAGAUUCCAGAAUUUAAAGGAAAAGUAUGAUAAACUGCAGUAUGAUAAUCAGAAGGAUAAGGAUUUCUAUGAGGAAGCACUUGAAGCGAGGAUGAAUCAACUUGAGUCUUAAGAAAAUGAAAUUGAUGCGCUUAAUAGAAGGCUUGACGAAUCAAGAAGAAAAGAACUAGAAUAGUAGGCAAAGAAUGAGCAACUAGAAUUUGAUAUGUCAUUUAUGAGAAGAACCAAGGAUUCGACAUCCAACGCUAAAGAUGCUCUGAGUAAAAAGGAGGAGGAGAUGGCAAGACAGAUCAAUGACCUUCAAGAGCAGCUGCGAGAGAGAGACUAUGAAAUUGAACGAGGCUUGAGUGAAAUGGGGCGAGUUAAGAACUAAAUGGAGAGAGCUAACUAAGAAGCAGAGCGUGUUCGCCAAAGCUUUGAGUUCAGCGAGCAGACUCUCAUCUAAAAAGACCAAGAAAAGUCAAAUUUAAUGAAUUAAAUCAACGAUCUUAAGAGUAAGUUACAAUCAGAGCAGACUGAGCAGCAUUUCCUCAGAGGAGAGAACUAGGAACUCAAGAAUGAAGUCAUGCUCCUCAAACAGCAAAUUAAUAUGACAAACAAUGUCUAGGAAUAGCUUAAGGUAUAAGUAUUUGAGAUGAGAGACAAACUAGGAGAGGUCGAGCAUAGAGAGUUUCUAGCUAAUUCAACUAAAGAUCUUAUGUAAAAGGAAAUACAGUAGCUUAGACUAUAGCUAUAGUAAGCGAACUCCUUCAUACAGUAAUAGUCAAUGUUUUACUCUUAAGCUGCUACAGGGAUUUAGCAAAAGCCACCUGUGUUUAACGUCCAAUCCACUUGGCAAGAGCAUGAGCGUCAAUCACAGAGCAGCUUAAACGAUACGUAUUCAACCCACAGCCGAGAGUCAGCUGUUCCUAAUAUAUCACCAGGUACCAGCAACAAUCGCAAAAACCAAGCCACUGCUAAUCGAAGAGGAGCGCCUUCUUAAAAUAAUGACUAACCUCCUCAAAUGAAAAAUACAGAGAGAUACAAUCAACUGAAAAGUAACAAUGUAGGCUCAAUUUUAUAAUGGGAUGACCAACCAAUUGGCAUGCCAGGAGCUUAAAAACGUGGAGGAAUGGGCCCAGCGAAAUCCCCAAUAAUUUAGGAAUAUGGUUAAAUAGGUGGAAUACAGGAAACUUCUAACAAUGUGGCUUUUCCAUCAAGGAAGAAUGAGUAAAGUGGGCGCCGACCAGCAACAACCCAAAGUAACUUAGAAAGUAACUAUGAAAGUAAAGUUGAGUUUCCUUCCAAACGAGGUGGUCAGAGAAAUCCUAACUAGGAUUAUGAAGCUCCUGCGAGGCAGACUAACAAUCGAAAUGUGGAAGAGGAUCCCUGGGGUGAUAGACCUGCUAACUCCAGAGCAGAUAGAAACCUUCCACCCAAGAACACUUAGCAAGCCACUGCCUAGUAGAAAGAUGACUAUGAUAAAAGAGCAAGACAGAUCUAAACUGUAGAGAACAAUCUUAUGCAGCUAAACAUGGAAAGAGACAAGUUUAAAAAUGAAUUUGACAAGAUACCCGAGAACGCAAAGACCAUUGCUCAGAAGAGAAGAAGGGAGGAGCUGGAAAGGGAGCUUGGAAUACUCAAUAAAAACAUAGCCAAUUUAAAGAAUAAACUAAGGGAUUUUGAUGCACUUCGUUGA